GCUCGCGUUAGGCAGGUCCAGCCCAUCUGCAGGAGCAUGGCUGGCGCUUACCCCCGGCCCCGCCGUAGCCGCUGCAGCGCGGCCGUGCCCCUGCAGCCGUGGAGGGAGCACUCCCUGCUUGCAGCUGCUGUGUGCCAGACGGACACCCAGUCUGUGUGCGGAGCAAAGGGCACGAGGGACGUGCACAGCAUGCAGUCUCACCCAAACACAUGCAGCAGUGAACAGCCAGUGCACACAGAUGAAGCAAUCUACACAUAGCACGCAUGAACACCAUAGGACUUCCACGUGGCACUGUGGGACCCAGGUGACAGUGGUACACACAGCAUUUCUGGCACUCAGCUUUGUAGGCUGUGACGUGCAGGACCCGUGUCCGUGUGCCCACGGCGUGGCAGGCACAUGUAAUGCACUAGGCACACACAUCCUGCAUGUGUGGCUGACUGCUGCUUGUAGCAGCCUGCUGGGGAAGGGCAGCCUGGCCCUGGCAGCACUGCAGAGCCAUGGCAGGCACAGAGAGCCCUGGCACAGUGCUGGCCCAGGGUGGAGUUUGGCAGGCUCUGCCAAGCACCCAGGUAGGUCUCAAUGGUCUACUGGCACCAAGGGAGCUUUAGCUGCUGACAGUGAAGCAGCGGGGAGGGAGGGCAGGAGCAGGCAGCAGGGAGCAUGGCAGAGGAUGAGGGGUGUCACAUCCAUUCUUGCCUCCCUCUGCCUUGAUUCACUCCCAGGACCUGCACUUCCCAGCCCUUCCAGGACUGUCUGACUGUCCCGGGCAGGUGUUUCCUGUUGUGCACCUGAAGCCUGCAGGCCAGGUGCCAGAUCCUGCUGGUGGCAAUCCCUCUGCCUAUGCUUGCUGUGGAAGGAUAUAGGGGGUGGUGCUGGCAAGUCAGUGAGUCUCUUCCAGGACAGCCCUGCUCAUUGCCUGCCCUGCUCUCCAAGCACAAGUGCUUCACCUGGACUCCUGUCCCAUGUCCUGUCCCAUCCCUCUCCCACAGCAGCCAGAGAAGACAUUCAGAGCUUGGGGCUGCUCCUAGCAUCAUGGAGGCUGCAGGGAGUCAUGGAGAGCUGCGAGAUGGGACAGCAGUAAACCUGCUUUCCUCCCACCUCAGGAUAUUUUCUGGGAAUAGAAAGAUCCCUCACCUCCCUACUGUCUAUGCCUGGCUCUGUCUGCAAUUUCUCUGUCAGCCCUGAGCUGCUUCUUCCCUGUCCUCAGGCACUUCCAUAGAUCAGGAUAGUUCUGGUCCUGCUGUGCUCAGGGAUGCUCUGAGUUUACAGGUGGAUCCUGAGCCCAUCUGCAGCCUCUUUGCAAACACCAAAAAGGCUCAGCCCAUCCACCCAGUGUGGAUGGAGGAGAGGUUGGAGGUGGAGGAGCUCAGGAGUGUGCUAAGGGACAGGAUGGUUCUUGCUGCUUUCCCUCACCCCCAUGCAGCUACACACAGGACAAAGCUCAGCAGCCCUGGUCUCGGAGCAGGAGAGUCCUGUUGCCUCCUCGGGGGGCCCCUACAAGGGACAGAGAUGAGGCACCUCCUAGGCUUCCUCUUUGGGCAGAUGCUUUGGGAAGUUUCCAUCAGGUGGUGUAGGCAGGGGCCAAAAUCAAAGAGCAUCUCCAGGCUUGCCGCGCUCCCUGCAUCCCUCCAGAGCUAAGGGUCCAUCCUAGCCUGGGAACAGCCCCCAGAUGAUGCAGUGAUUGGCCAUCAUUGUGGUCAUGGGCCCUUGGGCUGUGUCUCCAGGCUCUGUGUCCCUUGCUACCAAUCCUGGCAAAGUUAAAAAGCUGAGAAAGCACAACACAUCCCCUGAUAUGCACAACCCUCUGCAGCUGCCCUGCUCAGGCUGGGAUCAAACAGAACAUGAUUAAUAACUCUGAGCAAAGCCAGACCCUGCUGUCCAUGUGCUCCAGUCACUGCACGUGUGUCCCUGUGGGGGCAGAGCCUGCUGGAGAUAAUAUCUGUCAGAGCAAGGCUGUGGAAACGUGGCCAUGCCACCUCCACUUUCGCCUGCCUGCUCCAGCCCCUCUGGGCUGUUUUAUGCCCUGGCUUACUUGCCCCCCUGCCACCUUCCCAGCCUGCUCUCACUGCCCCAGCUCUGCCAGCCCAGUGGCACUGGGAAGCUGUGAUACCUUCAAAGAUGGGAUGGCCCCAGCAGCCACAUUGCCCUGAGGGCUGUGUUACCUGGGGAAUGACUCUCUGGCAGGAUUAGCACCCAGGGGUGAGCUUCUCCUCACAACAGGCAGAGCCAGAGGCAUUAAACAUCCACUUUUACAUGUCAGAGCCAGUGCUGGUACCACAGGUACCAAGGCUGGCAUGGGAUGGGGCACAGCAGGGUAUUGCUGUCUGUGCUGGGUGGUGCUGUUCCCCAAACCCCAGGCUCCGCAUGGCCAGUGACACGGCUUUGGGGACCUUGGGACCUGGGCUGGGGAUUUCCAUGGCACAGCUUCUCACCAGGAGGAUUUGCAUGGGGAGGGCAGGGUGCAGGAGGAGCACUGGGGAGCCACUAAUGCCCAGGUUUGAAUUUGCACAUAGGUGUAGUUUCACACAGGUGUGUAUGUGCACACAUGCCUGUGUAUUUGCAUAGGUGUUUCAGUGUGUGUGCCCUCCCUGGCAGGCAGGGCAGAGCUGGUGCAUCCCUGUCCUGUACGUGCAUGUGUGUGUGUUCUGCUGAGCUGAACGGCUGGUACUGGCCAUGCCCCUGCUGUGCUUGCUGCUCUGUUUCCUGGUGUGUGCAGCUGAAGGUGUGGGUGAGAGCAUAGGUGUGCACUGCUGCUGGCAGACUCUGGGCUGCUCAUGUCCUGCCCAGCCCGGAUGGGGUGUGCUAUCCUGGGGCAGGCCCUGCUUUACUGCAGGAUGUGGGAGAGGCAGCUGGUUGUCCUCAGCACACCAGGGUCCCGGAGGGGACUGCCCGCAGGGCUGUGUGGGCACCUCAGGGGCUGAGAACCAGGGUGGUGUGAGCAUCCCUAGACCUCAACUGACCCCACUCAGCCUGUUUGGCACAUCUCUGCUGUGCCUGAAGGAGGUGCCCUGGCAGAGCAGGAGCUCCCUGCCCCUCAAAGUCACUCUGUCCCAGUGCCACUGUGGGUGCCCAGACAGUUUGCACAGGGAGACAGGCUGCUUGUGAUGCUGGGGAUGAGAUAAUGUUAGAGGCCAGGGUGCUGCUCCAGCCUGCUCCAGGCCUGGGACAGGGAGCGUAGGGACUGUCCUCACUCUGUGUUGGGGCCCUGCACUCCUCUUGCCAGGCUUCAGAUACUGUCACCAGGCAGUGAAUCCAUCCCACACACCAUCCCAGCUGAAGACAAUAAGCAGAGGCAGUCUGCAGUCUGCCUGGGACAAGCUUAUCCCCCUCUGUCAGACAGGGUGGACGGGAGAGGUGGAUCCCAGGCACGGAUCUGCAUUCUGCUGUGGCAAGACUACAGGAAUUCUGCACACUCCAACCCAUUCCUGCCCGUGGAGAGUAUCAGGGACAGCAUAGGUACAGCCUGGCAUCCUCCCCCCUGCACCCACAGACCACUGGGGUAAGGGGACAUGUUCUACAAUUGCCUCCAAAAAAUGUCUUUGAACCCCCCUUAGAGAAGGGAAAAAGGGAGAACCCUGAUGAAGGAGUCAAUAUGCUGGGGGAAAAGCCCAGAGCUUAUACUAGUCCUGCAUCUUGGAGCACAUCAGCCCCAUCCUCCCACGGGGCCUCCAGGGAAGGGGUGAGUGAUGGGGCUCCUCUCUUCCCAACCAGUGGCUCUGGGAAGUGCGUGGGCAGCCUGCCCAGGGGAUGGACACUGAGCAGGCUGCCAGGGCUGCUGCUUCUGGCCCAGCUAUUGCUGCCUUCAGGAGCCCUGAGGCAGGAUGUUCUGUUCCUGUGGCAGCGCCUGGCUCAGCCCCCGCCUGUGCUGAUCCUCAAAGCUGCUGGAGGAGGGGACCCACCACUGCCAACAAUUUCAUCUGCUUCCUGAGUGAGCAUCGCCCAGCUUGGGGUGCCUGCCACUGCAGAUGUGGCCAACAGGACAGUGGAGGAGCACUUGGAUGGAGUGGGACCUUGGCCAGGUGCCAGCUGAGCUGGUAUCCCCUGGCUGUGAGGCUGCCAGGGGCUGCCAGCCUUGAUCUUUCACUCUGCACCUCCAUGACAACACCCUAGCUGCUAUAGGUAAAGCUGGCAUCUGGGAAGCUGUGCUCACCCCAUGGUAUCCCUCCAAAUGACACAAUGUACUGAAGGAGAUGCAUCAGCAGCUGUGUCCAGGCCAGGCUGGGUGUGGGCUGGGAUGUGCUCCCCUGUCUCCAUCACUGCAGCCCUGGGACUGGUCUGCACUGGGGACUCUGUGAGGACCAGCAAGCUUCUCCAGGACACUGAAGCUAUGGGGUGCCCUGGAGGUGCCAGGCUGAGGCCUCCUUUGGUAGCAAGCAGGAGGUCACAGUGGCUGGCACCAGCAGGCUCCCUUCCAGGUCAGGAUCUGCUUUGGUAGAGGACCAGACACUGGGUCCUCUGCCCCAGUGGGGGGGCAUCCCCAGCUGGGUAGGGUGUCACAGAGCGGACACCUCAGGCUGAAACUGACAUGCCACCCUGGGUUCCCUUUUGGUUCUGUGCUGCUGUCAGUUCACUGCCAGGGCUGGGCUAAGCUGGGGAGGCAGCCUUUGCCACCUGCUCACACCCAGGCUGUAAUCCACAGGCAGGAGGUAAGCAGCUGGCGGAGCCUCCCUGACCUUCAGGUGGGAUUAGUCCCCAUGGGAACAGUGGGGAGCAGGCAGGUGAGGCCACAGCUCCCCUGGCAGUUCGUGGGGACUGAGCACACCCCCAUGUGGGGACAGCCAGCCUCAGGUGGUGAACGGGUGGCACAGGGUGAAGCUGUGCCCCUGGGUGUCCUUGUCUUGGAGGGCUGCUGCAGGUGCACCCCCAGAGCUGUGGGUGCCACAGGACAGAGCGGGCAGCUGCAGUCCCACAAGGAGGGGCUGAGCAGCAUGCCUGGGGUGGCCACAGUGCCAGUGGCACGGAACAGCUGGCAGCCCACGGUGUGCGUGUACACCUGCGUGGGAGCUAAUCCCUGCAACAUCUGCCAGGCUCCUGCUGUCCCAGGGGUUCCUGGCUGCAGGGGUGGCAUGGCUGCGUGCACAAGGGACACGUGCCUGUGGGCAGCUGGCAAGUGCCAGGGCUCCCUGUGCGAGGCCGUGCCUGUGAGGAGGCUCCUGUGGCAGAUGUGUGCUACACACAUGUGGCUCAUGUGGCCAGCAAAGCUUAUGGAGGGGACAAGUGGCACUGGGGAUCCCAGCAAGCCUCUUGGCUCUGGGAUCCAGGAUUCAGGAGGUGCAAGUAGGGAUUUUGGCUGGGAUUAACCAGUCUUGGUGUGGCCAUAUUCAGAGCAGCCCUGAAGCACAGGUGACUGGAGAGAGAAGGAGGGUGUUUGCAUCCUUGUCGAGGAGGAUGAUUUCCCACAGAAAUGAUGGUGGGAGGGAAAGCAGAGGAAAAAGGGAGCAGUGGGGCUGUGUGGGGGACAAUGACACACCCCCCCGAUCUAAUCAGCCAGACCCUGCAAAUAAAAGCCACCUGUUUUGGCCCUGACAGCAGGAAGCCAUCCCUAGAACAAACAGAGCACCAGGCAACUGGAAGAAAGACAAACAGGGGCCGGCACCAGCUCCAUCUGCUCCUGUUGGGCCCAGCCCCCAGCCCUCCAGCCCCCUGCAGUGCUGGUCCAGCCCCCUGCAGGGCUGGGGAGAAGGAGAGAGCAGCUAGAGGUCCUUGCAGGGUGUGACCAGGGCUCAUCCCAUGGUGUCAGCCAGGUGGACCACACACAGCUGUGCUGCCUUGGUUAGCCAGCCCAGAUAGUCCAUCAAUGGGUACAGUUGUGUAUUGCCACAGACAUGGCAUCAGCCUCAGGAUUCCUGGGCAGCACCUGUCUCACCUCUCUUGUGGCUGCCCUUCAGCCUGCUCGGCUCCCCCAGCUGUGCGCUGUCCUGGGACCCAUGCCUGCCCAAGGCACGGGGUACAGCCCCAUGGUCUGGGCUUGGCAGGGAGCACCUGGGUGACCUUGUGCUCCCACCGUGCCCCCGGGCUGCCGUGCUGUGCCCAGUGCCACUGAGAAACAUGAUCUGUUUUGCUAGUGCAGGGAACACGCUGAGCUGGGAGCUACGAGGGGCCCUUAUUAAAUUAGCCUACGUAGGAGGCCCUGGGUGAGUGCUAAGCAGCUCCCACAGCCAGUUUUAGCAGCUGCCCUUGAGCAGUCACUGCCUGCCCCCGCACCAGCCUCCCUCUGUCCCUAUCCCCAGCUGGGCAGGUGUGGCUGGGGGCCUGCAGGUGACCUCGCCAGGGAAUGCCGGCUGCUGACAGACACCACCUGGAGAUGGCCCAGGGAGGACAAGCUGCACCAGCAUUCUGGGAUGCAGUCAGGGAAGGCUCCUUGUGAGUGACCCCACAGAUCCUGUGCCCUGAUGUGGCUGUGGCUCCCAUGUGGCUGCCCUGAAUGCACUGAGCAGGAGGUAAAGCACAUCCCAGUGAGUAUGAUGUGCUGAGGAACAAGGGAGGGGCACAGUCUGCAUCUGGGUUUCUCUUCUGCACCAUUUACCUUCCAGUGCUUUUAUGCAAAAUGUUGCAUGGGGAUGGCUGAGUGGCUUGCCUGCUCCUCGUGGCACACCCCCAGUGCCCCACAGAUGCUGUAGCACACCAUACGGUGCCCCACACACUCCACAUGCACAUCCUAUAACAGCUUGCAGCAUCUUGCAUAUUUUGUGGUGCCUCACAUCCUGGGGCUCUGUAAUACACCCCAUAGUGCCCUACACCUCAGAGUCCCCAGUUGCCCUCAUGCCUCAAGCACCCCAAACUAACCAGUGCCCCACAGCUCUGUUCUCACAGCCCAGGCAAGGGGGGGCAGCACCGUGGGGAGACCCUGCAGUGCACUAGCUCUGCAUCUUGCCUCACCUUUGCCAAGAUGAUGGCUUCCCUAAAUCCUGCUCAGUCUGUCUCACAGCAUUUUGAGAGAUGUCCCCAGGCCACCAGGCUGCACCGGGGUGCUCUUCAUUCUCCAGGAAGCAUCCCUAUCCUUCCCUCCACCUUCUGCUUCCUCAGACAGCUCCAAGAGGGUCUCCUCCUCCCUGCUAGGAGCACUUAAGGCAAGGCAAGCUGCGAGUCGCCUCCCCAGCGCCUGUCCCCUGCCAAGGGCCACUAACGUCCCUGAGCUGGAGCCUGCUCCAACCGCUGCCAGGCUGCACCCUCUGCUGGGACCCGCAGGCAUCGGCGCGGAUUCGCACGGAGCUUCGGGGCCGUCGAGCAGUGGGGAGGUCACAAAGGGGACCCCCGAGUUCUGCCCCCAGCCCGUCCUUGCUGUCACCCCUCAGUCCCCUAUUCUUGUUGAUGCCAGGCGUACUAACACCACCCCCAGCUGCUCACACUGUUUUCUCCAUAACCAACAAUGUCUGGGUCUCUUGUGAUGUUAAUCCCAUGCCCAGGACCCCCAGAAGGGCUAGAGUUUUCCUGGGACGGUUUGAGGUGCUGUGGUCCAGCCCUUGCCCAGUGGCCAGCCUGGCACCUGCCCAGCUGAAGGCGGGGAGUGCCCAGCCUCACCACAAACUACACAGGGAUGCUGCCUAGACGCCCAGGAUUUCCCAGCUCAACAGGGCCCUCUUCCUCCUUUCCGGCCUGUGCUGGCCUCGUCCAUCCCAGGUCCGGUAGGAGCCACUGGGGAUAGCUGCAUGGCAUGGUGCAGUUCCAGGCAGGGCCGGUCCUGUCCAGGUGAAGGACACAGCUCUGUCCCGAAGCAGGUCCCUUCCUGCUGUGUGCACAGUGUUCCUUGCCCCUGUGGGAGGUGAGUGGGAGCGCAGGGACCUCUUUCUCAAGCCAGCGGAAAUGUUCAGGGUAUUGCAAGCUUUUAACUGGGGUCCAUUAGCGCCCAGUCUGCAGACAGCAGAGUAAUCCCUGCAGUGCCUGGCUGGAAAAGGAGCCCAUGCUGGCAGAGUCCCACCUGGAGGGGCAGAAGCAGCCCCAGAUAAGCCCUGUGUUCCUGCGUGAGGACAUCAGUGUCCCUCAGCUCCCAGAUGGUAAAUCCCCACACCACCCUGGCACCUCCUUCCCACCAGCCUCAACACUGGCAAAGGCUGCGGGUGCCCUGGGAAAGGCUGGCUCCCUAAUCCCUGGGCCAAGCGGGGACAUUGUCCGGGGGCAGAAAGGAAAGCGGCGCGUCAGGCCCUUUGCCCAUUGUGCCCUGAGCCCCUGCGCAAACACAGCCCAGCACUUUCAUUGUCAGCCUCGCCGGGCGCGGGGGGGCCGCUCUCGCCACACUGCCUAAGUGGAAUGGACAGCCGGAGUCUGGGGUGGGUGAGCAGCCCGUGCCCCCGUCCCCUGACUGCUGACACAGCGCCCUGGCCGCCUGCACCAUCGGCACUUCAGCGCCCGCCUAUAAAGGGCGAGAGGAAAAGCCGGCUCCGGCACCGCCACCUCCGCCUCUGUGCCCUGCCCUCCGACCAACAGCCGAGAGACCCGUAUGACCAGCAGUGAAGGCAUGGACACCCUGGGGCAGUACAAGAUCACGGUGUGGGAGGAGGAAAACUUCCAGGGCAAGCGCUGCGAAUUCCUCAUGGAGUGCCCCAGCAUCAUGGAGCGCGGCUUCCGCAAGAUCCGCUCCAUCAAGGUGGAGUCUGGCCCCUGGGUAGGCUUUGAGUACCCUGAGUACCAGGGACAGCAGUUUAUCCUGGAGAAGGGUGACUAUCCCCGGUGGGAGGCCUGGAGUGGGAACAGUGGCUACCGGACCGAGCACCUCCUCUCCUUCCGGCCUGUCAAAUGCGCAAACCACAAUGACAGCAAAGUCAUCCUCUACGAGGCUGAGAACUUCCAGGGUCACAAGUUUGAGCUGAGUGACGACUAUCCCUCACUGCAGGCCAUGGGCUGGGGCAACAAGGAGGUGGCAUCCAUCAAAGUGAACGCCGGAGCGUGGGUGGCAUACCAGUACCCAGGAUACAGGGGCUACCAGUACGUGCUGGAGCGGGACAGACAGAACGGCGAGUUCAAGAAGUACAAUGAAUACAGCAGCCAGGCCCACACCAACCAGAUCCAAUCCAUCCGCCGCGUCCAGCACUGAACUGGGGCAGGGCUGUGUGCCCUGCAGCCUCCAGGCUGCUGUGCAAUAGACCUCUAUCCGGUAGCAAAUAAAGGCAUUUGUCAAAA